AGAUAUGAUGGCUGUUCCUCCGGCGUACGCAGACCUGGGAAAGGCUGCAAAGGAUGUCUUUAACAAGGGCUACGGGUUUGGGACGGUGAAGCUUGACGGCAAAACCAAGUCUGCUAACGGAGUGGAGUUUAAAACACGUGGCACGUCUAACAUGGACUCAAACAAGGUCAGCGGGAACCUGGAGACCAAGUAUAAAUGGGCCGAGUACGGACUGACCUUCUCUGAGAAGUGGAGCACGGACAACACGCUGGGCACGGAGAUCAGCGUGGAGGACCAGCUCACCGGAGGACUGAAGCUGACCUUUGACACGACCUUCUCACCAAACACUGGGUACGAUGACGUGAAGUAUCCUGAGCUUGAGAUGAGGUGA